CGAUGGCUCGAGAAGGUUUUCGGUGUCGUUGAAAAUCUGCAGGAAAAAAAUCGGGAAAAAUAAUUGAUUUAAAACUGUCAAAAAAGGAACUUAGUCGGUCGAUUGGUGAAUUGUCUGAGGUAAAGUGCUGAUUAAAAGCGUCGAUUGUUUCGAUUCCCUCCGUGAGGGGAUAAGGAAAUGAAGGAGCGUCAGUGAAGGGACGGCAGUGAGGAGAUAGUGUAAUCCGCCCGGUUUUAUAUCAAACUAUAAUUUUCAGAGAAGGCUGACCUCUGUCUUUCCUUACAACCUGGAUUACUAAUUGCUGUAGUGAAGGAAUAUGAAGGAGAAAGACGUGUCGCCUAAGACUGGCGGAAAACGCGGUGAGGAAAGGCGAGGCGGCCAUCACCAACAACCGAGGAAAAUGGGGAAUAACCACAACAGCAUCAACAGGAACAACAAAAACCAUGGCAAUGCCAAGAGGGCUCGCAACAUUAGCGGCAAAAGGACCAACAACCGAGACUAUGAUGUUUACCCUCCCAACCGGACUACUAAUAAUUUGAGUCUUUCUUCUGCUUCUUCAAGGACAAGUAGGGCUGAGAGGCAGCCUGCUGAAUACAAAACCCUGAAGAUCAGCAAUUUGGGUUCCCAGUUGAGUGACGGUGCCAUCGAGGAUGGCCUUUUCCACGAGUUUAAGAAGUUUGGGGAUGUCAGUGUGAAGAUUUCCAGGGAUGGGGAUGAAAGAGUGGCUCUGGUGAAUUUCAGACAUUCUGAGGAUGCUAAGGCUGCUAGACAUGCCAAGGGCAGAUUGGUGCUGCAUGAUCGCCCUCUGAAAAUUGAAACAGUUUAUCCUCCUCCAAAAGGAAGAAGUUACUCCCCUGAAAUGGAUGGAUAUUCUGCACCAGGUGUUCAAGGCAACCGUCACAGGCAAAGGUCUCUGUCCCCUACUGGACUUGGUUACAGAGAGCAUAGAACUCAGCAACGCAGUUCUUUAGGGCGUCAGUUACCACCACCACCACCACCACCUCCCCCUCCUCCACCUCAGAGGGAUUUGGAAAGAGAGCGGGAUUAUGCCUUUUAUGAAGGUCGGGCACGUGCGGCUUACACACUCGAUAGAACCACAUUCAGGGAGGAUGAAAUCUUGCCAGAAGAUGAUAAAAGAGCUAACAGGACGUUGUUUAUUGGUAAUUUGGACCCUUCAGUGUCACAAAAUGAUCUUCUGUUAGCGUUUGAAAGGUUUGGCGUUAUCUUGGAGGUGGAUAUCAAACGGCCACCCCGUGGGCAAGGAAAUUCUUAUGGCUUCCUGAAAUUUGAAAACUUGGACAUGGCCCAUCGAGCGAAGAUAGCAAUGUCAGGAAAAGUGAUUGGACGAAAUCCCAUCAAAAUUGGAUAUGGGAAAGCAACCCCUACCACCCGAUUGUGGGUUGGAGGAUUGGGUGCCUGGGUUCCUGUAGCUGGCCUUGCAAGGGAAUUUGAUCGAUUUGGAACCAUAAGAUCAAUUGACUACAGAAAGGGGGACAAUUGGGCCUACAUUCAAUAUGAAAGCUUGGAUGCUGCACAAGCUGCAUGUACUCAGAUGCGUGGCUUUCCCUUGGGUGGACCAGAUCGACGUCUAAGAGUUGACUUUGCAGAUACAGAACAUCGUUAUCCUCAACAAUAUCUACAAGCCUUGCCUUUACCUCCUUUUGAUUUGAUUGGAGAUGGCCUUCUUCCUCGCGGUGCAGAGUGUUUAAGGGGUAGGGAAAGAAAUUCUCCUCCAAUGCAUUACAGAGAAAGGGAGCUUUUCCCAGGCAAUGAUUGGCAUGUCCUUUCUGUCCGUGAAAGAAACAGAAAUAGCCACGAACAGUUCGAUCAUCUUGAUCGUGAAGUCAGGGACAGCUGGUCUCUUGAACGUGGGCGUGACCAUAUUUUGCAAAAUUGGGACCAAAGAAGAAAAAGAAGAGGCCCUCCAGAUGCACGCCCAACUGAUUGUUCUCCAAGCAAUGACCGCUCCAGAAAACGACGAUGCAUUUCCCCUGAUCGCAGCCCAGGUAAUAGCAGUCGUGAUGGUGGGCGCCACAGUGAUUCAGACCGCGAUGUUAAGAAUGAGCGGUAUUCACCCAGCAGAGAUCGUUGUAAUAGCACAGAGAAAAUUCCAUGUGGUAAACAUGAGAUCAAAACUGUCAAUGUGAAUGAAAAGGAUAAAGACCGCAAACAUAGAACUACAGAAUGUGCAAGUCCCACAAGGAGCAAGACAAAAUCUGAUUCCAGCAAUGCCAAAGCAUCUGAUGGUUUUCGGGAAUAUGAACGUAAAUUAAACGUAGCCUGGCAUGGAAUGCUAGUUCUGAAGAAUAGUUCUUUCUCCACAAACAUGCACUUCCUUGAGGGUGAUCUCGGUGUUGCAGCCAACUUACUAAUGGAUGUCUCAACUGGUGGAAAAGUCACUCAGCUAAAAAUCACUCAGCGCUUACGACUAGAUCAGCCUAAAUUGGAUGAGGUAACAAGACGCAUCAAGGCAUCAGGCACAAAUGGUUAUUGUGUCCUAUUGGCUGUACCAGCAUUGAGCAGCAUGGAAAAUGCAGAAGGAAUGUCUGCUUCUAUAGAGCAAGCCACUUCACCACAGAGACCACUGAGGAACCUGGUGUCCUAUCUAAAACAAAAGCAGGCAGCUGGUGUCAUUAGCCUGCCUGUUGGAGGAAGCAAAGAGAAAGACCACACUGGUGUGCUUCAUGCUUUCCCUCCUUGUGAUUUUUCUCAACAGUAUCUGCAAACCUCUGCUCGAACCCUGGCCAAAUCUGAAGAAGACUGUCUAGUUAUAAUAAUUGUACGUGGUACGGCUUAGAAUUGAAAUUGUACUGUUUGCUGUACUACCGCUGAGUAUUGUGAUGUGUACGGGAUACAAAGAGGGCAAAGAUCACCAAACUGUCAGAUACUUUAAUCACAUUGUGUGUUCUGGAGCCCUAUUUUUCUAUUUGGACACAGAUACACACACACACACACACACACACACACACACACACCCACCCACCCAAUAGAACUAUGCUGGCAGCCUUGCCUCUAGUAAAAAUAGAUCUUCUACGAAUUGAUAGUGAAGUAAUAUUGUUGUCUUUUGAAAUAUCCUACCCUCCCAACCCGUGCCAUGUCUAACACCAAAUUCAGUUACGAUUAAUAUUAAAUUAGCUGUGUGUUUGUAAUAAGUCUGGCCCACCUAAUUUUUUAAAAUAAAUUCCCUUGCUCUUUCUUUAUCCUUGUUUCCACAUCCUCAGUUUAAAAAGUCUUGUAUCCAUGUAGUGGUUACUUUUUAAAGAGAAAAGUAUUCCGUGCAACAUUUCAAUACACAAGCACUUUCACUUGAGCUUAAACCGUGAAUUGUACAGAGCUUGAGUGCUUCCUGCAUUGUUUAAGGUAAUGGCUACCUGUCGGUGCUAGAGGCCAGUAAUUGAUUUUGUUCAAGCAGGAUUCAUUAUUGAAAACUAAAGGUCUUACUCUGUUAAUGUUGUUAUUGAAGGGCAAAACAACUUAAAUUCAGUUGUUUUCUAGUUAUUGUAGAUAUAACUGAUACAGGAGAACAAAGGCCUUGAAAACUGUUUUAUACAAUAUGCUAUAAGAGUUGUAGGCAAUUUUGUUUUGCACUUAAUAUCUUUUGGACACCAGUAAUUCCUCAAACUAACUCACAAGUUGGAACGAAGUAAAGUAAUUUUUGCCUUUCCUGUCUGAUUGUUCAGAAAACAUUUUUAAUUACUUGGAGUUCAGUCCAAAAUCUAUAAAGUUGAUGUUUAACAUCUCCAAAUAGAUUGGCUGAAGCUUUUCGAACCAAUGAUCUUGGGCAGUAAAGUCAAUUUCUAUGCCAUAUAAAAUAGCAACAAAUGGAUUAUAAAUGUCAAGAAUUUUGUGUUGAAAUAUGUUGUAAAGUAUUUUUAAAGGUGCCUAUGUACUUGUUCUUUAGAGGGCUAACUUUUCAGUGGUGGGAAGAAAUUAAAAAAGAUGUGGAAAAAUAUUCUUGAUAGUUAUUCAGAUCCCCUGCUCAGUCCUGGAAAAUGCAGAGCAUGGAUCAAGCUUGUCUGUUUGGACCUCUGGUCGUUUGGCCUAUUAAAGCAAUCCAGAAAGCAUCAGCACUUUCGGGAAGCAGGGUGGGUAGAAAAUUAUCAAAAAUAAAAACAGUCCUAUGCUGUUUGCAAUAUUUACAGAGGGUGGGCAGCCAUGAUGCAAAUGUCUUACAAAAUUGUUUCCAGCCAAUCAGGAACCCCUUUAAGUACUUAUGAAAUAAUCUGGCCAGGGUUUCUUUGGGACAGUACCUUUUUUAAUUGGUUGGAAUCUUUUGCAGAGUGGAUAGAAAAACAAACUGGAGUUAGCCCCAUGCCGAGUCUGUAAACACUGUCUACCGUUUGGGCAGAGUUGCAAGUAAAAUUUGCACAAAUAAUUCAGAUUUCCUGUUUUUGAUACUACACUAUCGAAAUGUACACUUUGACAUUAUUGUUUCUCUCUCUAAUGUAACAAAUAGCUCAAAAUGUGUGGUCCUAUUUAACAUUAGUGCAAGAUGGAAACUACUAGAUUUGCAGUGGUCUUGUACUAAUGCAAGAUAUAUUUUGAACAAGUACACAGGCAUAGUAAUUAUGGUACAAAGAGUAGUUCUUUUAAAUGAGAAAAUGAAAGUGCACACUGACUGUGUUUCUGUAGUACAAACAUAUAAUCUGAACAAAAUCAGAAAAGCCUAAACAUGAAGCUAGUCAAUUUGUCUGUGAAGAAAAUUGCUCACAGGUACUGGCCUGCUAUGUUUCAGCUUUCUCUGUUUGUGCUGUUCUGUUGAAUGAAAGUACUUCUCCCACCUCCAGCUCCUCUGAAUUGUAUCUGGGACAUUAGGUCACUGAUCAGUCGCCAGCAAGCAAAUGUUAUGUAAUUUUUAAAAAAAAGACUUAAAUUGUGGCUUAUAGUUUUGUUUGAGAAGUUUGCAGUGUUCAAAGUCACAGGACACUUGCUGUUUUGGAGUAUUUUUUUUAAAAGAGAUAAAACUGAUCUGCUUGGUAUGAUUUUAAAACAAAAAUAUAUAGUUAUCCCCAGUAGUAUGUGAAUGCCUGUUGUAAGGCAUCCUUUGAUUACUUAACUCUCAGUUAGGAGAUGACAACUGACCUUUGUGCUUCUGCUCGAGGACGUAGAACAGUAAAAUGUAGUGAUCGUUUUGAAUAUUUAAAGUAAACUCGUGUGGACGUUACUCAUGUGUUCAAGUUGUUGAUGAUGAGCAGCUGGAAUCCAUUCUAUGAAAUUAUUCAAAUAGCAGUGUGGAUAUCCAAGAUGAUUGACUAAUCUGUGAGAUCUGUGUAAAUUGCCCCUCGUGAUGGAUGGGAGUGGUAGUCAUUUUCUUGAGUGGAGGGGUGGGGGCUGAAAGGCUAGGGUGAGUUUGGGUUUUGGGGGAGGUGGACACCUACUAAACUGUAUAAGGUGAAAAUUCAGAUGAGGUGAGAAAAAAAGGGGCAGGAUGUUUAAAUGUAAAACCUAACUAUACUUUCUAGUUUAUUUUUAAUAUAAAUGCACAUGAAUGUGCUUGUGGAGACCUGAAGGGAUUUCUGCCUCAUGCAAUGCAGCAUAGUUGUAAUUAGGAUGAACUGAUCCAUCAAAUCAUUUUACUUGCAUUCCACUACAACUAGUCUUUGGUAACUGUGAAAACAGCAGAGUAAAUGACUUUAAACAAAUAUAGAUAUUAACAUAGCAGGUACAUGUUUUGAUAUGAGUGGUGAUGUUACAGGUUUUUUUCUAAAAUUGGGUGUAUGCUUUUGCACAAGGCUGUACAUGUGCAUACUGAUACCAAAUUGAGUACUUGCACUUUCUGUAUGGGGAAUUUCGAGCCAAAUAAGAGAGCUGCAUAAAGCUAAGGUGAUACAGCUGAAUUGUAUUGGCCCAGUUAAAUUGACAUGGCAAUCUUUUAAACCGUUUAAGGGAUAAAAAUCUGUUUCAAGCAAGUCCGUGUGCACUGUUGUUCUGAACAAUUUUUACGUUGUGAAAUUCAAACUGAAACUGCAGUGUUUUUGAUUUAAUCACAGCCGUGCUUUGGGGAGCUGGGAGGGAGUGCAAAACGUGUAGAGCAUCAAUAAAGAGUGCAUGUCUAAACAGUUGGCAUGUUGUCCCAAGGACCAGGUGUAUAAAGGCUGCAGUUAUACUGUUUAGAUUGUCUCCAAUAUUCUGUAAGAAGUGAUAACCUAAAUGUUUUUGGACAGAGAAGAGUGUAGGUGCAAGAGAGGUUUUGAAUAUUGGCUUUCUCAUCACAUGCUAAAGCAGCAGUUUUACUCUAACCAUAAAGCUUCCAUUUUCAGUAUAAGGAUUCUAAUUUUCUUUAGAAGUUCAAGGUGGUCUCAUAGGAGCACUUAGACAGUUGACAGCUGUGGAAAAAGAAAUCAUUAUCCAGAUGUAGGUUUCGGGAGUCUUCCUAUGCCCUUCGCCUAGUGUAAUUCGAACUGUGCUCCUCUCCUCACCAGUCCAUGCCUCUGAAAGCUAGCAGGCAGUUCAUCUCUAGGAAUUGGCUGCAGUCACCAGUUGAAUGGAAGCUCAAAAAUGGUCAUUUGUAACCAGUGUUGUCUUUUGUUUUAUAUUUUCUUUGCCUUUCUUCUGCUGAGAUUGGGAACACUAGGCUACUCUACACAUUACAGCAUGUAUCUAGUUAUUGAUGACACUAGGAUGCUGGGAGGGUGAUUUUGAAGCACAGACCUUUGACCUAUCAGAGGCAUUCUUCCCCAUUUUAUUUGUCUAGUCUUUGUUGCUGCCCUCCUGGGUUGGAGUUCUUUUCAAUUAUACUUGCAUUAUUUUUGAAUGACUUGUAGAUCUCCAUGUGCUCACCUGUUAAUUGGGUAGGUCCUGGGCACUGUUGUUAAUGUAAAAUACUUUUAAUGCUUCCAAUGUCCUAUGUUCUCCAGUGUUCUCUUUCCAUCCCUGGCAGCCAAGGCACAUAAUUAUUUUGAAUUGGGUAACCCAUCCUAAGAGAAGAAAUGGUCUUAAUUUUAUUCAAAUUGUAAAUGAUCCAGUGUUAGAAAUCCACUGUAAAUGAGGAUUAAGAGCUGCAAAGGUUCUUAAUCAUCAGGCAAGCCUUUAGUCUUGCAUUGGCUAGCCUUGCUUAAGGACUAUUUAACAUAGUUUUCUUCAAGGUAAAAGUCCUAUCAGCUUUUACGGUGUCUGACAGCUCUGCAUCAAAAAUUUGUUUUAGAAAUCUAGGGCCUUGGUGCCUUAGUAAGAAACAGUUGUUCGGUAGCAUGCCAACUGAAUUUCCUUAGUUUUUUUUGUUUUGAGGCUAUGUGUAAAAAUUACUGUAUUCUUGUUAGUUAUAUAGAAGAAACUGGUGUUGCAUGUAUUUUUUGUGUCUAAUUUGAUAUUUCUUUCCUGCAAAAACCAAGUGACAGAAUAUUUGAAUGACACAGCUGAGGAGGAGACUUCCUGCUGGAAUUUAGUACAAGCCGAAGACAAUGUUUGUUUGACGUAGAAUGGCCUUUUGCAGGGGGAAAAGAUUUCUGUUAUUUUGUUUUUAAAGAGCUGGAAUGACAGCUUGAAAAAAUAUAUAUAAAAAGUUCCUGUAUCUUCUAAUGUGAAACCAGGUCCUGUGUUUUGAGGGGAAAGAUGAUCUGCCGCUGUGUGCUGUUUAUAGCUGAUUUCUGGGGGAGAAAGGAAAAGCUAUUCGGGCUCAACCAUCUGAAUACGGGCUUUCACAGACACACGUGCGUUGAGCUGAUUAUGUUGUCAACCAAAAUCAAUAAAAUGUGUUUUCUUUUGAGGAAAAAAAA